AUGACAGAUGCAAAUUUAUUUAAUUACUCUUUCAAUUCAAUUAAUAAUUCCACAGCAGCAAUAACUGCAAACAUUGAUGAUAAUUCAUGUUUCCAAUAUCUUUCUCCAUUCUAUGCAGAUAACCCACCAGUGGAAACAACAACUAACAACAAUAAUAAUAAUAACCUGGUGGGUCAGCAUGAUCCAUAUUUCGUUGAUGACAAUCAAAGCAUAUUCACUGAUACAACAAUAGAUAAUAAUAACAUUGAUAAUUUACAAAGGAAUGGUUUAUAUUCAAGACCUGUACUGAUACAUGAUAAGAACAAUAAUUCCACAGAUACUUUAAUAUUACAAAAUCCUCAUCCUCCUCCUCCGCCGUCGUUGCCCCUAGAUAAUGAUGAUAUCCAUAGUUUUAAUAAUGAUGAUAAUGAUAAUGAUAAUGUAACGAUACCGACAUCAACAACGUCUCAUUCAGACUUAAACUCAAACUCAACUUCUAAUACGAAAUCUAUUAAUAUAACGAAUUCAAUAUCCAUUAAUGAUCAUAAUCGUUUACAUCAUCCAUUCACCACCAAUCAUGAUCAAAUUCAAAAUCAUGAUCGAAAUACAAUCAAGACAUCUACUUUAAAUAACAUGGACUAUCAAUCAUUUCUAGAAUCAUACUGCUUUUACAACCCAUCAAGCAUGCUAGGUCAAAGGCAAGUGGACACCGGUGGGAACAAUAAUAACAGUUCCCCUAACAACAAAAACGUUAAUGAUGAGGAAAUAAAUAUUCAUGUGGAAACUACACCUACAUCAAGUACAGGUAAUGGAAGCACAUUAUCACCGAAUGAAUUCUUGGGAGAUUCAUUAUUAAGCUCAACGCCACCGAUACUUCACAGGGACAUGAUCGAUGGCAGAUUUAGCCACCAUCCUCUCUUUUUUUAUUUCUUAAAACUGUAUAUAAAAUACAUGGUUAAACCCUAUAUAUUUCUGUUUCUGCAUAAAUUUUUUUUUUUCCAAUUUCAAUUCUAG